AUGACUUCGCGCCCGACCACUCCCCGCGUGAGCUCCAGCACCACGAGCGCGACCAACAAGAGUCCCAAGCGGGCUGCGGACUACACUCCAGCAACCACAUCACAGGGCAGUAGUGCGCGGAAUAGCAGUGAGGAUCGUGCACGAGCCAGUCAGGCACAGGCCAGAGCGUCUGGUGAGGGAAGUAGGAGUUUCCACACGGCGCAGACACCAGAGAAGACAUCAGACGAAUCGGAGCAGCAAAAGGAGGGCGGAGGAGGAGGAGGGUGGUGGGGAAGUUGGGGCAGCAUCGCCACGGCAGCAGUCAAGCAGGCCGAGACUCUGGCGAAGAACAUUCAGACCAACGAGGAAGCCCAGAAGUGGGUGACACAGAUUCGCCAGAAUGCCAAUCUGGAGAACCUGCAGCAUCUUGGCACCGAUCUCCGCUCCAAGGGCCUCUCGUCCUUCACAUCCAUCAUCUCCCACAUCGCUCCACCAAUCUCCGCCCACGAACGACUACAAAUACACACCACGCACGACAUCCUCAACUACCCUUCCCUCGACCCUCUCAUUUACAGCACAUUCUCCCGCGUCAUGAGUCAAGUUGAAGGCGGCGACCUCCUCGUCAUCCAACGCGGCACCGAAUCGCGAGGGCGAAGCUCGUCCGAACUACCAGGCUACCGCGGCGGAGUUCUUGGCACGUCAGGCACGGCAGCCUGGUCAGACGGACCAUGGUGGAGAGAUGAGGGCGGCAAGAGAAGUCUCGGCGCGGUUCCCGGGUUGAAAGAAGGCACACGGUUAGCUCGAGUCCAAGCAGAAAGCUACGCCAAAGACUUCUUCGACCGCAAAGGAGGCGUCGAAGAAGCCGCCAAACGAGCCACGGAAGAACUCUCCGAGACCAACCCUGUGCGAUCGAGUGAUAUCUUCUUAGCCAUUCAAGCCAUCACGUACACGAUCGACAAGGACCUUUUCGCCGAAGACUCCCAAACCGCCGCAAAAGACAAAGAAGCCAGCAGUAACAUUAUCUCUCCCGAAGACUCCAGCGACGACCUCGUCGUCUUCGCCAUCUAUCUCUUCGACCCUUUACACAGCAUCUCCUUCCGCAGCCUCUCGCAACCCUUUCCCCAAAAAUGGUCCGACUGGCUCGACGCCGAACCUUCUUCCGUCGAGGGAACUUUACCCGACAGUAUUCUCGAAAUCAUCCAAUCCGGCGGCGUCGACCCUCGAGAGUGGGUAGCAGAAUGGAUGGAAGAAAUUUUGUCCACUGCGGUUGGUGUUGUUGCUCAACAAUAUGUUGCUAAGCGUAUGGGUGUUGGUGAAGGGGGAAUUGGGCGUGGAAAACAACGGGCGGAGGAGAAUGAGAAUGCUAUUAGUGGGGAGGCUGCUAGGGCUAUCUAG